UUAAUUAAUUAGUUAUCUUCAUUAGCGAAUAGAAAUUUGGAAACCUCUAAAUUUAGACAGACAGAGCCAUCUAGUAACAUCUUAAACAAGUAACGUUAUUGGCAAUACAGAAGCAAUGCAAGGUGUGGCAAGUUCAUGACAAACUCCGUAUUUUUAAAGUUUAUAAACAAACGUUUCAUUAAACUGGAUCAAUAAUUUUUAUACUUAAUAAAGCAAGUAAUCGACAUGUCUGUUAAUAAGCAAGAGUAUCAUCGUGCGUCGAGUAAAUGCAGUAGUUUUUGGGGGAGUUAUCACAUACAUUGCUGGUUUAUUACUAGUAAUGGCAUUUACAAGCCCCUACUGGAUUCAGUCUUAUCAAGAAACAUUUAGUAGUUUCAAACAUAUGGGACUUUGGGAAUAUUGUUUUGAACAAUUUCGAUAUCCAUAUUACCUGUAUGACAAGCAAUUUGAUGGAUGUCAUCAUAUCUUUUCUGAAGAAUAUUUUGUAAUUCGAGAGUGGCUAAUACCAGGAUGGCUAAUGGUAGUACAAGCUUUUGUAACUCUUGCUCUUUUGCUCUCAUUCUUUGCCCAAGUUGUAAUUGCACUAACUUUAGUGCGUUGGCCUUUGAAAUUUGUGUUGAAUUAUGAGUGGCUACUCUCUGCAACAGCAUUUUUAUGCUGUGCAGCAGCAGGCACACUACUGUUUUUGGCAGUGUCCAUUUUUGGUGGGCAAUGCUGGCGCAGAGAUUGGUUAAUGUAUCCAAAUUUUAACCAUUUAUCUUGGUCGUAUGGUUUAGCAGUGAUUUCAUUUAUGUUCCAUUGGUUAGCAGCAUUUUUGUUGUAUCUUGAUGCUAAAGCUGGCUACAGGUUGCGCAAAGAAUCUCACAAUUUAGUUAUGCAAAUGCAGCCUAACCCACAAAGCCAUCAAGGUUUACCCAGAGGAGGGUACAUAUAAUUGAUUGUCGCAAGCAUAGUAUCAAAGAAGUAUUUAAUUGCAGAAUGAAUUUCGACUAAAGUUUUAGAUCUGCUUUCAAAGUUACUCUAUUACAUGGUAAUGUAAUAGUGUAACUGAGAUUAUCUGUGUGUGUUUCAUUGAUAUGUACUAUUUAAUUCCGUCCACUCUUUAGAGUAAACUAUAUCUUUAGAAUAAGAAAACUGUUCAUACAUAUCGAUAUUAUAGUUAUAAAACAUUCCAAGAAUCUUUGGAAUGUAAUGAUACAUGAGCACGUAUCAUCAUCUGUUUGUAUUAUAUAAUUUUUAACAUUAUAUCAAAUUUUAUAUUUUGUAUACUUUAAAAAUACGUUUCAUCGCAUGGAAUGAACGUUCCAAUAAACAAAAGUAAACAGA